AUGUGGGCUGAGUUCCACGAGAAGGGCAAACUGCCUCAGCCGAUUCGUGGCAACACGGGAGCGUCGCAGGAGGGGCCGCACAACACGCCGAUCGAUCGUCAGAACCCCGACAUGCUUGCGCCGCCGUCGACGGACCACGGGACCGUGCCCAACGCCGCAUGGCCCUUCGCGCUCUCGCACAAUCGCCUCCAGACGGGCGGCUGGGCGCGCCAGCAGAACGUCAAGGUCCUGCCCGUCGCAACGGAAAUGGCGGCCGUGAACAUGCGCUUGGAAGGUGCCAUUCGAGAGCUCCACUGGCAUCAAAGUGCCGAGUGGGCAUACAUCAUGAAGGGCUCUUUCCGCGUCGGAGCCGUCGACGAGGAGGGCCGCAACCAGAUCGGCGAUCUCGAGCCCGGCGACGUCUGGUAUUUCCCUUCCGGCGUGCCUCACUACAUCCAAGCGCUCUCCAAGGGUGGCGGCGAGUUCCUGCUCGUGUUUGACGACGGCAACUUUAGCGAGGACAGCACUCUGCUUCUGACUGACUUCACGGCUCACAUCCCGCGCGAGGUCGUCGUCAAGAAUUUUCCGGGGCUCACCAACGACGACUUUAACAAGGUGCCAGGAGAGCAGCUCUACAUUUUCCCCAGCAAGGCACCGGGAGACGACGAUGAGCAGGUCGAGAACCCCGCCGGCGAGGUGCCCAGCACCUUCAUUUUCCCGUGGUCCAAGGAGCCCGUCAAGCAGCUCAACGGAGGCACCGUCAAGGUGCUCGAUACGCGAAAGUUUCCAGCGAGCAAGACGAUCUCUGCGGCGCUCGUGACGGUUGAGCCCGGAGCGAUGCGCGAGCUGCACUGGCACCCGCUGUCUGACGAGUGGAACUACUUUCUCACUGGCUCGGCACGCAUCACCGUCUUCGCCGGCGACUCGAACGCGCGCACGUACAACUUCCAGGCCGGCUCGGUGGGCUAUCUGCAGAAGAGCGUGGGCCACUACGUCGAGAACAUCGGCAACGACACGCUCACGUUCCUCGAGGUCUUCAAGUCGCCGCGCUACUCGGACAUCUCGCUGAGCAACUGGCUGGCGCUCACGCCGCCCAAGGUCGUGCAGGCACACCUCGGCUUCUCGGACGCCACGAUGAAGAAGCUCGAGCAGUUCAAGUCCAAGGACCACCAGGUCGUGAAGCGCAGCGGGCCGAUGGUCGCCGGCAAGCGCUCGUGGGCUUGA